AUUCCUUUUUUUUACCUACUGACUACCCUCUCUAUUUUAUUUUUUACAUCCAAUUUGUUAGUAGCAGGGAGAUGGGCGAUGAAACUCAUGAUUUGUUCAACAAGUUACCUGAUGGGUUUAGACAAAAAUUCACACAAGAAAUUUUAUCACGCACAAGCCCUGCGGAUGUGAUGAGGCUCUCACUUGUGUCGAAAAGUUUCCAGGCGUCAGCCAAUUCUGACGUUGUUUGGGACACAUUCAUUCCACCUGAUCAUCGGAGACGCGCUCUACAGGGCCUACGCAAAGACACUUUUGGUUCUGGCAAACGAUUGUUUCGGUUUCUCUGUUGCCAUGAGAUCAGUUGGACUCACUAUCCUGUCGCCUGGCCGCGCUAUUGGUUAGAUAAAUGGAGCGGGAAGAUGUGCCUUUACGUUAAUGAUAACUCGCUAGCAAUCACACAGCUUGAUACAGAUUACUGGAAGAAAAGAGUUUCUGGGCCGGUGCUUGGUCAUGUAAUUUGGCUUGAAGUUUGCGGGAGAAUACCCACGUCAGGAUUGUCACCAGAUACGACCUAUGAAGCUUAUCUUGUGUUUUUCCUGUCAAAGUACGUUUGCUAUGGAUUGCACACACCUAUAGAGACUUCUAUUGGGAUACCGGGGGAAGAAAGCACAAAAGCGAUCAUAUAUCUGGAUCCUCGAAUAGCUGAGUCUAAAAGCAAUCACCAUUAUCCAAAUACAAAGCCGGGGAAAAGAAUUCCUGAUUCUAUAGAAGUUAAGUUGGGUGAAUACUUCCAUAAGAAAGGGGAGAACAGAGAUGUUGAGAUCACUUUGAAAGAAGUAAAAAGUGGAAGGCCCAAGUGUGGUGUCCGCAUUCUUGAGAUAGAGAUGCGACCUAAGCAAGCGUAAUACUUUUUUCACUAUUCGAAAAAUUUUAAUAGAACAAUGUCUGAGAAAAAUUGACCGAUGUACAAGAGAGGUUUAUACAUUAAUUUCUAACACAUUUCAGAUGUCUUU